AUGGCCAGCCCAUUCGACCGCCGUCCCAUCCACCACUACUUUGUCGCCUCUCCCCUUGUCGCUCUGCUCUAUCCCGUACACCAGGUCCUCCUCCGCUUGCGUGGUCCUCCUAGAUUACCGCCCCCGGAGGCCCAACCCAUCCGCGUCGUCUGCAUCUCCGACACCCACACCCUCGAAUGGCCCGAGGUGCCAGAGGGGGACCUGCUCAUCCAUGCAGGUGACCUCUGCAAUGAUGGCUCAGUGCGAGAGAUCCAGGCCACGGUCGACUGGCUUCGAAGCCUUCCCCAUCCCCACAAAAUCGCUAUUGGCGGAAACCACGAUAGCUACUUCGACGUGCGUUCGCGCCUAGACGAGGACCGCGACUCUUCCAGUUCCUUUGCAGCUGUCUCCUCCGCUGCCUCGGUGCACUCCCUUGACCUGAACUCCCGCAUCGAUUGGGGCGAUGUCCAUUAUCUGCAACAUUCCGCCGUCACACUCUCCUUUAAGGACACCUCCGCGCCCUCGCCAACAACCCCUUUGACCAGCGCCCGCUCUCGUGCUCUCACCAUCUACGGUGCCCCUCAGAUCCCUGCCAUCGUCCCAUUCGGCCCCGAACACGCUUUCACCUACCCUCCGCAACAUGACGCUUGGUCCGGCACCGUACCCCAGGAAACGGACAUCUUGGUCACUCACACACCACCGCAGUCUCACUUAGACCUCUCUCCCAUCUACUCAAUCGGCUGUCCCAAUUUGCUAGCAGAGUCAUGGCGCGUCCGCCCGGCGCUGCACGUCUUCGGCCACGUCCACCACGGCGCCGGCCAAGAACCGGUGUUUUGGGAUGAAGCCCAGCUUGCCUGGGAGAGACUAUGUGCCUCCCGCCGCUGUCGGGCUCGACUGACUCGCCUCGCCUCGCUAGCAGGCUUCCUGCGCGACCUCUUCGACCUCACUGCGUGGGUAGACGCUGCCCGGGUCGUCGGGUACGGCAUCCUGGGUGUCAUCUGGGCCCACGUAUGGGGCGGCGAGAACAGAGGCGGUGGGUGGAUGGUAAACGCCGCUUGUAUAAAAGCUAUACCUAUGCCGAAGGUCUUUGGACCAGGCUUUGAUGGUAUGUGA